UACAGGGACUUCCAGUGUAGGCCUCAGCCUUCAAGUGUCCUACCUAGGCCUGCUCUCAUAUCCUUUGUGUAGCUCACACUGGGGCUGGGGGUUCCUGGGCCUGUAAGCCCUUUGUUUGACUGCAUGGAUUAGUCUGUAAAUACUGGUGUGUGUGUUGUCUCUGAGGAUCCCCCUGUCUCUUGCACUGCAACUCCUUCCCAACAAGCCGGUUUUCUUUCACUUGUGUUUGAUGUCUAUGGAAGCUGGGGCCUUGAGUGUUGGGGUCUUCUCUAAGCUCAGGGUAUAGUCAAGUCGUGUGUAUUCUUGCACUCAGGAUUGUGUCUCUGAGACACUCAACUGGCUUCCAUACAAACCAACAACUGGCUUCAGCUCCUGCCCCCCUUUACCUACGCUGUGUGCACUGCUGAAUUUGUUGUUGACUUAAGGUUUCAUCAGGCUGGGGCUGCUACAAAAAUUAGGCCUGUGUAAUAAGAUCAGAUAAACUUUCUACAAAUUACUGCAUGUAUCAAUUAGCAGCGGCAAAAUAAUGUUAGAAUCCUGCACAGCCAUUAGUUCUGCCCCCAAACUUUUGGGCAUCCCCACUCUACAGGGCCCGAAGCAGUGGAUGGGAGAGUCCAGUCUGAUGACAAUUUUGGGCGAGUAGACCCAAGCCAAACGGAGUCGAGGAACGACUUAUUCCUGAAGACGGACUUGUUGAAAGCAGUCACCAACAGCCAAGAGGAAGUAUCUGAAGCCAUGGCCGGUGAUGAAAACCUGCCGGACAAGCAGAUUGGUGAAACCAAUGGAUCUUGUGAAAAGAACGAGUCUAAGGACCACGGUUUAUUGCCACUCCCUGCCCCGGACAGCACAAAACUCCCGCACCAAGACUCUGUUUUUAAAGCUUUUCGAGUGGCGGAGAAUGGGGUGUGUGACAGAGACACGGAGGAUGUCAGACAGUACCCCUUAAAAGAAAGUAACCCCACACAGACAUCAGUAACAGGAAGUAAUGGGUACAUUUUAAACAAACCUGCCAUUUUGGAGCAGCCAUUAAGGACUUCAAACUUGUCACCUCUAAGUGGUCAUGCUGCUAAAACUAUACCAGUGGCUGCCAGCAAACCCAAAGCAGCUUCUAACGUUUAUGUCCCUCCUGCCCCUUCUCCUGUCCCCCCCAAUCCUGGGGAUUCUGGACUGGUUGAGAAUACCAAGCAACAGGACAGUGCUUUACCUGAUCUGAAGGUUCACCGUGCACGAAAAUCUCUUCCGAAGACAGGCGUCAGUUUGCCUGUACAUAAAGAGCCCAAAGAACCAUCCGAACAGGACGAAACCAAGGAAGAGAGCGAGGCCAAAAAUGGUUUAGACGAUGACAAAGAGGAACCCCCGUCUCCCUCAUCUGCCCCCCAACAGCUGCUACCUCAGGGUCAAAACUCUGUCACCUCUGCCAAGUCACUCUCAGCUGCACUGGUGUGUCGGAAGAAGAAACGGCGGAUGGGCAUGUACAGCCUCGUACCCAAGAAGAAGACCAAAAUGCUCAAGCAAAGAAGUGUGUUGGAGAUGUUCCGAAACAUCACCUAUGCCUCUUCCAGUCCCAAGAGUGAGAAGGAAUCCGAUGUUCCCCAUGUAAAUGGCGAAAGCAUGGAGAUGGAUUCCGAAGAUGAGGACUCCGAAGACAUGGAGGAAGAGGACUACCACAGUUCAGAGACUCCUGUUUCGGAAAGCCAGGAAGAGCCCUGCGCUCCUAAAGAGACCAUGUCAGAAGCAGACAGCUCCAAGAAGGUCGAUGAGGUUGAUUCUGAAGGAGAUGAAGAUGUGGAGUCUGCGGAUUCUGUGGAGGAGGAAGAUGAUGGAGAGGACUCUGAUUUAAGCUCAGAGUCGAGUUUAAGGAAGAAGCAAGAAAAGAAGACGAGCCUGCCCAAAAGCUUGUGGAUGAAAGUUUCUAGGAGACGGAAGAGGAAGAACAAGGAAAAUCCCAACCCGCUUCAUGCUUCAUUGGGAGAGAAUCGGGAAGCCAACACGGAAUACACGGAAGUGUCACUAGACUACUUGGACCUGCACGUUAAAGAGAUGAUAUCUCCGCAGUCUAACGAUCUCUCUAAUGGCUCGGAAGCCAUGGAAAUGGACAGCCUUCAGGGGAUCCCCCUCUGCAGCUGCCGGAUGGAAACCCCCAAAGAAGAGGAGGUGUCUUCAGAGGCUGGAGACCAUUGCAUGGCCACUGAGAGCACUAGCCAAGAGCUGGGUCGGUGCGGGAACAUGGUGGCAAAGUAUGAGUUAAUGAGGCCGUCUAACAAGGUGCGGCAUCUGGUGCUGUGCGAGGAUCACCGGGGCAAGAUGGUCAAACACCAGUGUUGUCCUGGCUGCGGUUACUUCUGCACAGCAGGGACCUUCAUGGAAUGCCAGCCGGACAGCACAAUCUCCCACAGAUUCCACAAGGACUGCGCCACUCGGGUCAACAACUCCAGCUACUGCCCACACUGCGGGGAGGAGGCCUCCAAAGCAAAGGAAGUGACCAUCGCAAAGGCAGACACCACCUCCACCGUGUCCUCUGUGACCUACGAGCAGGAGAAAGGCAGCACGAUGGACGGCCAAGCAGACACUACAACGGACAGUGAGGUUACCACCCAAAAGACAUUGGAGGAGAGUAAACCAGAAGCACCCUCUUCCCUCCCUGGAGGAACGCCUGAGCCCAUCGAGACCCCCAGUAUGGGGAAACCUCCCGCUCUCUCUCAGGGGCCUGUCAAGGAGACAUUGGAAAGCGCUCUACUUGCUUUGGACGCAGAAAAGCCAAAGAAACUGCGUUUUCAUCCAAAGCAGCUGUAUUUUUCUGCUAGGCAAGGAGAGUUGCAGAAAGUUCUGAUGAUGCUGGUGGAUGGUAUCGACCCCAACUACAAAAUGGAGCAGCACAGUCGGAGAACGCCACUUCAUGCAGCAGCAGAGAUGGGCUACAUGGACAUCUGCCACAUGCUUAUACAGGCUGGGGCCAACCUAGACAGCUGCUCGGAGGAUCAACGGACCCCCCUGAUGGAGGCAUCCGAAAAUAAUCAUCUAGAUACUGUGAAAUACCUUGUGAAGGCAGGAGCCCUACUUGACCCUAAGGAUUCUGAUGGCUCCACUUGUCUGCAUCUGGCGGCCAAGAAGGGUCAUUACGAGGUGGUGAAAUAUCUCCUCUCCUCCGAGAGAACAGAUGUCAACUGUCAGGAUGAUGGAGGCUGGACCCCAAUGAUAUGGGCUACGGAGUACAAGCAUGUGGAAAUCGUGAAACUGUUACAUUCCGCCCGUGCGGACGUCAAUAUCCGUGAUAAUGAGGAGAACAUCUGCCUGCACUGGGCUGCCUUUGCCGGCUCCGUUGAGAUUGCGCAAAUCCUCUUGGCUUCCAAAUGUGACCUCCGAGCUAUGAAUAUCCACGGGGACUCCCCACUCCAUAUUGCCGCCCGUGAGAACCGCCAUGAAUGCGUCAUGCUCUUUCUCUCUCAUGGCUCGGAAGUGGGAUUGAAGAACAAAGAGGGAGAGACCCCACUGGAGUGCUCGGCUCCGAACUCCGACGUUUGGGCAGCUCUUGACAAGUGCCAGACCUUGCAGGAGAAACCCACACUGCAGGAGGUGGUGGUGGACAGGGAUAUAUCCCGUGGGUAUGAAAAUAUCCCCAUCCCUUGCGUCAACGCUGAAGACUCUGAGCUGUGUCCCACCAACUAUAAAUACGUCUCUCAGAACUGUGUAACUUCACCCCUGAACAUAGACAGAAACAUUACCCAUCUGCAGUACUGUGUGUGCAUCGAUGACUGUUCCUCUAGCAACUGUAUGUGUGGGCAGCUGAGCAUGAGAUGCUGGUAUGACAAGAGCGGACGCUUGUUACCGGAGUUCAAUAUGGUGGAGCCCCCGCUGAUCUUUGAAUGUAACCACGCCUGCUCCUGCUGGCGAAACUGUCGCAAUCGUGUGGUUCAAAAUGGCUUGAAGAUAAGAUUGCAACUGUUCCGCACCAAAAACAAGGGCUGGGGUGUGCGAUCCCUGCAAGACAUUCCCCAGGGAACAUUUGUAUGCGAGUAUGUGGGGGAGCUGAUUUCAGAUGUAGAGGCUGAUGUUCGAGAAGAUGACACCUAUCUUUUUGAUCUUGAUAACAAGGACAGAGAUAUUUACUGCAUUGACGCCCGUUUCUACGGCAACAUCAGCCGAUUUAUCAACCAUCUCUGUGAGCCGAACCUGCUUCCGGUGCGAGUUUUCAUGUCCCACCAGGACUUGCGUUUUCCCCGGAUAGGCUUUUUCAGCAGUCGGCACAUCAGCGCCGGAGAAGAGAUUGGGUUUGAUUAUGGCGACCGAUUCUGGGAUGUUAAGGGCAAACUCUUCAGCUGCCAGUGCGGUUCCCCCAAGUGCAAGCACCCACUUUCCCAGUGCCAGUCUUUCACCCCCACAGAAAGUCAGCCGGAGAGUGACUUACCUGACACUAGCUCAACCACCCCACCAAGUCCUUUGCAGCCACAGUGACGUACAGAGACCCUUUAUUGAAAAUCUGUAAGCAUUGAGGGAGCGUCGGACUUGGGCUCAGACAUAUUUUCACCACCCCUCUACUUGCUUCAUGGUUUCUAAGUCUUUUGGAGAAACGGCAGGUAAGAGAGGAGACUUUCUAAUGAACUUCUGUCCUGAUUCACCCAUUCCCUGCCGGAGAGAACUGCAAAGAAGCGCUCAGCAGCUGGAGCAAAUCAAAGGCCAGUGCUCUGGCUGCGAAGAGGUUAUCAAGUAAAAGUAUUUUCGCCCCCGAGGGGGAAGAAUUGUAUUAGUCCCCUCUCUCUUGUCACUCACACUUGCACACACUCGAGCAAAUUAAAUGUAAUGUGUUUAUUCUUCUUAUUCGGCACGCCGGCAGCCUUGGGCAAGGCGGAGAGAUUGGACGGGGGAAAGAAAAGAUCUAUUGACAUUUCUACCCAACAUGAAAGAAUCCGCUGAAGGGGAAGAAGCCGAAUGCAGAAUGACCGCUCUCCGCAGAUAAUGCAAGGUCUUACAACACGUACAUCGGUUUUCACUGGAAAGGGGGAUUUAGUUUUUGUAUUAUUCCUUUGGUUACAAAUGUCCGAGGACAAAACGGUAACACCGAACAUCGUUUUUUUUUUAUUUGAUUUUGCAAUUAUCCAAAAAUCUCAGGACUGAAAAUAGUUACGGCCGACGCGUUUUGGUGGCAUCUGAAAGGAACAAACUCGGUAUUCCCGAGUAGGAACGCGUCAUUUAUCAUCAACUGUGCCCUCCUGCCUCCAGUCGGUGGGCUGGGGUUGUUUCGUUAGUCUGUAGGGAAGGGAGGCAACUAUUUGGGAAGGGGCGGUAAAGCAUGCUCAUUCGAGGCAAAAGUUGAAGCUCCGUUGGACUGAUGAAGACCCCCGAUGAGUUGAGCAUGGGCCUAUAUGCCGUCAAAAGUACGGCACCCCAGAAAUGAGCAACCCUUGCCUGCUCCAUUCCUGGCUCUUGAAAUUUAUUUUGAAAAUCCAGUUACAGUUGGUCCAUUUUAUCUGGAGACAUUUAACGUCAACAAUUUGUGGACAAUGCGAUAGUCUCUUAGCUUUAAGGUCUGCUAGUUAGCUUCAACAUGUUUGAUCCAAAUAGGUACCAUAAGCAUCCCCAAGGCUGAUUGGUUGCUGCCACAACCAUAAACAAUUUCUUCAUUUUUACGUUUGCUGCUUCUGAUCCCCCCCCAGAAGAUGGUUAUUGGCAAGCUCUGUAGAAGACCGUUAUCUCCCUGUCUUUGAGGCUCUGUGCCCAACGCUCAAGUCGUAGUUUGAGGCUCCUCAAGAGUUGCCGUGUGGGUCUAGUGACAUUUUAGAGGUGGAAUUUGAGGGGGGAAUAAAAAAAAAAAAUCAGUUCCAGUACACAUUUUUUUCACGGCGGAAAAACACAUUACCUUGUAUUUUCAAUUCUAAAUAAAGAAAAAAAAAAUUAAAAAAAAAAAAAAAUUAAAAAUAAAAAUAUUCCUACGUAAUCUUUUUACUGAAAAAAUAAAACCCAUUUUGGAGUAAAAAGGUGCUGACAAUGCUUAUGAUUUUUAUGCUGAACAGAUCUAAUGUUAUCAAUUGUACCAUAAACUGAUUUUAGGAUAAAGUACCAGAAGAAACGUUUUUUUUUUUAAAUGGUUAGUAUUAUCGUAGUGUGAAUAAAAAUUCUUUUGUAUUUUGGGUUUUUUUUUUUUCCGUUACCUGAAAUAAAACAACUGACUGCAA